GGGCACGCCGAGGGCCCGGCGGCGGAGGAGCAGCGGGGCGGCGGGGCCCGGCUGCGGGGCUGCCGCGGGUUCCUGCGGCGCAACGCGCUGGUGCUGCUGACGGUGUCGGGGGUGGUGGCCGGCGUGGCGCUGGGGGCCGCCGUGCGCGGCGCGGCGCUGGGCCCGGCGCAGGUCGCCUACCUGGCCUUCCCCGGGGAGCUGCUGCUGCGGAUGCUGCGCAUGGUGAUCCUGCCGCUCGUGGUCUGCAGCCUGGUGUCGGGCGCCGCCAGCCUGGACACCCGCUCGCUCGGCCGCCUGGGCGGCAUCGCGCUCGCCUAUUUCCUGGGCACCACGCUGCUCGCCUCCGGCCUCGCCGUCGCCCUCGGCUUCAUCGUCCGCCCCGGCGCCGGCGCUUCGGCGCUCAACACCCAGCUGGGGCUGUCGGGCGCGCUGCCCACGAAGAGCAAGGAGACCGUGGACUCCUUCCUCGACCUCGUCAGAAACCUGUUUCCUUCAAAUCUUGUUGCUGCAGCUUUUGAAACGUAUGUGACAGAUUAUAAGAUGCAGCUCAGGAACACCACUGGAAAUGCCACAUUGGAAAAGAUCCCUGUCGGUAGUGAGAUCAAAGGAAUGAACAUCCUGGGACUGGUGAUGUUUGCUCUGGUUUUGGGAGUGGCACUGAAAAAGCUUGGCCCAGAGGGGGAAGAUCUGAUUCGCUUCUUUAACUCAUUCAAUGAGGCAACAAUGGUCUUGGUCACCUGGAUUAUGUGGUACGUACCUAUUGGCAUUAUGUUCCUUGUUGGGAGCAAGAUUGUGGAAAUGGAAGAUAUUGUGCUUCUGGUCACCAGUCUGGGAAAAUACAUCUUCGCCUCUAUCCUGGGCCACGUCAUCCACGGAGGAAUCAUUCUGCCACUUAUUUAUUUUGCAGCCACACGGCAAAAUCCUUAUCGUUUUCUCUUAGGACUUAUCACACCCCUUGCCACUGCCUUUGCCACUUGCUCCAGCUCAGCCACGCUCCCGUCCAUGAUCAAGUGUAUUGAGGAGAACAACAAAGUUGACAAGAGGAUCAGCAGGUUUAUCCUUCCCAUUGGGGCCACUGUAAACAUGGAUGGAGCUGCUAUUUUCCAGUGCAUGGCAGCUGUGUUUAUUGCUCAGCUGAACAAUGUCGACCUCAACCCUGGGCAGAUCUUCACAAUUCUUGUGACGGCCACGGCGUCCAGCGUGGGAGCAGCUGGGGUCCCUGCUGGGGGCGUCCUCACCAUCGCCAUCAUCCUGGAGGCCAUCGGGCUGCCCACCAACGACCUGUCCCUCAUCCUGGCCGUGGACUGGAUUGUGGACCGAACCACCACAGUUGUGAAUGUGGAAGGGGAUGCCCUGGGAGCGGGCAUCCUUAAUUACCUGAAUGAGAAAGACAAGAAAGAGAAAGAGCAAGAGCUAAAGGAAGUCACUGUAGAAGCAGUUGCUAACAGCAAGUCUGAAGCGGAAACAUCACCUUUGGUAACCCACAAAAACCCAGUCUCCAACGCAAGCAGCACAGCAGACCCUGAAUCCAAGGAAUCAGUAUUGUGAACUCGAGGCUGCUCAUCGAGACCAGUCCUAGAGGUGGCCCAGGGACUUGUCGACGCACCCAGACGUUUGCAGUACAGCCAGGGGCUGGAUGGCUCUUGGAAGUGCUCAGUUCCAGUCUGUUUUGAAAUAUGCUGGCCUGGGGAAGGGGAGGGAGGUGGGGUGGGCAGAGAAGGGGUGUUCAGAAGGAAGCACUAGCUUUAUAAUAGUAUUUUGAUAGUUUGUGUGCGCAUGUGUACAUGUUGCACAUGCACAGUUGUGUACGUGUACGUGAGAACUGCCAUUGAGGCUUUUGGUAUAAUGAGACUUCCAUUAGUGAAGGCUCAGGUGGUUGAAGACAGGGAGGUAGACAAACCCAGUAUGUGCUUAUUGUAGGGAAAAAAUUUUGCUGCUGUUUGAAUGGAGAAGCAGUCUAGAAACUCCAGAGUGGGUGAAAAUGUUGCUUAAAUUUGUUUUGUAGCGUGGAAACAUUUACCCACCAUUACAGCCAUGAUAUGAAGCAACAUUUUUCUCCCACUCCCCUUCCUCUCAUGUUCUCCAAUCCAUUAAAAAUAUUGAGUAUGUCCUUAAAACUAGCUGGUUUCCAUUUUUAAUUUUUUUUUGUUUCAUGCCUAAAUUAAUAGCUUAUUAGGAACUUGUUUAAUUUUCCCACUGCAUUGCAGCUCAUAGUAGUUUUCCUGCCUUUUGGUGAAUAACUCCCAAACUGUGGGACCAAACAGAGGAGAUCUUUGUGCAGUUCAAGGAUUUGUUUCCUCCUUUCUUCUAAUCAAGCUGUUAAGGAAAAGAUCCAGAGGAAGAAUGGAUUUUGUUAAAGUAAUCCCUUUGGGCUGAAAAAAAUGUAGUCUGUUCCAGUGUUAGUAUGUCUGAAAGAGGCUUGCCUGUGACAACAUCCAUAAAUCCAGAAGUCACUUCCUUCAUGAAAACACACGUGAUCAUCUGCUAGCACACUACGUCCUGCUCAUGUUUAUUUAAUGGGUCAAUCCAAACAACUUUAGUCAUACCCUCUUCCAGCAAAAUUGAAUAGGGGAGGAAAAAUUCUGAACACACAUCAUGUGGAAACUGAUGACAGGCAAGUCUGAGUCUUGGCUUGAAAGGGGAAGAGAAGAGGCAAGUUUGUAAUCCCAGUAAUUUCUGUGUGGGAGAUGGCUACCUGUUUCUGCCAGGAGUUUGGUCCUGCCAUAAAUGUUCUUCUGGCAGCAGUUUACUUUUAGUAAUUCUGGGUGGUGCUGGGCCAGGGUAAUGCUUUAAUGGUAGAUGGUAACCUUUGCUUGAAGCUCAGCCAAAUGCUUCUGGAUUCUUACUCCUCCUUUUUGCCUUUACAGUAUCCUUCCUGAAUUUGCGUCCCAAACCUGAACGAAGUCUGGCAAACUCAUUACAAAGAUCCUGUUGGUUUAUCUUGGCUCUUUGGAUGCUAAUAGUUAAAAAAACAUUAUGACUACACAAGCCAAGAUUUGCCUGGACUUGUGAUAUUUUCCCUUGGCUACUUCAAUGCAAGAGAUUGCAUAUGGUUCAUCUCCACACUGUUAACUCGGCAAUAUGUAUUCACACUUAGUUUUGAUAUAAAAUAAUGCUAAAGUCUCCCUUUUUCUUUCUCCUCUCUUACUUCAGAGGAAUCUAUCUUGCAGAAAGAGCAGCACUAGGAAGAGGCAACUCAAAUUCCAUAGCAGCAGCUGCCUUCCUUUGCAAAGCAUCCCUCCUGGUAAGGGACACGAUGAAUUUUGCAGAAAGACGCUCAGAGUGAGAUGUGCCCACCCCUGAGGGAGAGCACAGUGAGUGUGUCAUGACUGGCAGGGUAAUCAUGUGCACUGGAGCCAUGCAGACAGUCCAAGUAGGAAAGGAUUAGUCAGCCCACUGGGAAACUGCAGGUGGAGUUUCUUUUUAACCAGUUUAUUUGUAACCAUGUCCACAAAAUUUGGUCAUUCCUUGGCUCAUCUUCAAAAUGGAAGGAGACAAACACAAUUCUGUAGGGAUGUCUUUUGCCCAGAUCAACUUUGCAUUUCUUCCUGUUAGAAUCAUCCCAACUCCUUUCAACUCAGGAAACCAAAAGCAUAUUUUUAAGUCUCUCUUUGAAAUAUUUGAUUGCAGCAGAACCCCGAAUAGUUUGAUUUUAAAACAGUAUAUGGGUGCCUCAGGGAAGCUGAAAAUCUGACUGUCCCCUGUUGGCUGGGUUCUGUGGUUGCAUUUUAUCCCUCAUCAGACAUUUAGCUCCUGUGCUUUUGUGAGACCCCCCCUGGAAUACUGUGUACAGUUCUGGUGUUUCCAACAUAAGAAGGACAUGGAGCUGUUGGAGGAAGUCCAGAGGAGGGCCAUGAAGAGGAUGGGAACACAUCCACUGCAAACACAGGCUGAUAGAACUGGGGCUGUUCAGCCCAGAGAAGAGAGCAGUAUCUGAAGGGGACCUACAGGGAAGCCAGAGAGGGGCUUUUUCAGGAACUGUAGUGUUAGGACAAGGACCAAUGGAUACAAAUUGAAAGAGAUGAAAUUUGGUGAGAUACUGGAACAGGUUGCCCAGGAAUAUUGUGGAUGCCCCAACCCUGACAGUGUUCAAAGCCAGGCUGGAUAAGGCCUUAAGUAAACUGUUUGAGUGGGAGGUGUCCCUGCACAUGUCAGGGGGGUUGGGACUGGAUGACC